AUGGGUGGUGUUUCGCCAUGCGCGUCGUGUAAAUUGCUGCGGCGGCGGUGCGGCAAGGACUGCGUAUUCGCGCCUUAUUUUCCGGCCGACGACCCCCACAAAUUCGCCAUUCUUCAUAAGAUCUUCGGCGCCAGCAAUGUCAGCAAAAUGUUGCAGAAGCUUCUAGAAGAUUAAAGAGCAGAUGCAGUGAGUAGUUUGGUAUACGAAGCGAGUGUGAGAAUGCGAGACCCAGUAUACGGAUGCGCCGGGGCAGUCUCUCAUCUCCAAAAUGCAGUGUCCCGACUGGAAAUGCAGCUAGCCACGGCGCGGGCAGAGCUAUUGAACUUUCAGAUGCAGCAACAGCAGACUCCGACGAGCAGCCAAGUAGUGCAGCAAGAAGUUUAUCAUAAGCUUAUUUCUUUCUCAAAUGAAGAUUGUUGUUCUUCUAUCAAUAUUUUCGAGCAAGUGGAAGAUUACAACUCCUUGUGGAGUUAG